AUGGCUGACUCAGACAUUCAUCGGCAUAUUGAGGGCGGAAAUGCAAAUUUCAUUGCUGGAUGUGCGCUUUCAGAGUUCUUUUUAAGCCCUCACAUUCGUAUUACGAAUAACCUCUCAAUCAAAGCCGAUGCUAACACGAUACUGCUAUCAUGGCACCCAAAAAGAGCAACGAGACCACCGUUGAUGAAAAGGGUGCUUCAGUCAUUCAUUGGACCGUUCAGAUUCUAUCGAAAGGCUCCAUCAACCAUAUAUGGCCGCUGGCCUACGAACAGCAUUGUAGGCUUCUAUCAACCAGAACAUGCACUUGCUGCCUCAAAAUACUUCAAGAGCAACCCGGAUGUUGAGGUACAGAUUCUCUAUACCGUCUACUUUACUGCGCCGAAAGAGUUGUUCGAUGCAGUCUUGCUCGAUGUCGAAGAGGUCAUGUCACAGAUUCCAGAAGGAAAUGCAACGUGGGAUGAUUCUCCCAAGCAUGGUAUGGUGACACUGCGCCUAUCCGGGACAGAUCGAGAGAGCAUCGUGGAUAUGAAGAGAAUACUGGAAGCCAUAUUCGCUGGCCGAAUCGCAACCGCAGAACAGGGCGGCCGUACUACGCAACAUGAGAUAUGGCACAACUUCUUCGCGACUGCCCCGGGUGUUGUAUGGUUACAGCACCUGGCGCGAGAGAUGGGUGUAGUUAUCAUGAGCGACAAAUUGCAACGGCGCAUACGCAUCUAUGAUGAAGAAGAAGACUACGCCCACAUGAAGAUCGUUGAGCGCCAAAUCACGGAGAAGAUUGCCGCGCUCAACAUGCCGGAAGAAACACAUACGAUACAGUUUGACACCAAAGACUUUAGAAAGCUUCUUGUCUCUGACAAGGCUUCCAGGGCGCAGAAAAAGCUAGGAAAGUCCAAGGUCAGUCUCGAUGUUCUCAACAAGACUCUCGUCCUGCACUGUCAGCGCCAAGUCGCCUUGCUCGUUACUUUCGAGCUUGAUCUACCCCUACCACCGCCAUCAGUAAUCACAAAGAGUGAUCUAACCUGCCCUCAAUGCGGCGAUGCAACCAGCGACGUUAAAUUCUCAGCCUGCGGCCAUGUUGCGUGCAACGAGUGCUUCGACCACCAGCUACAAGUAGCAUCAUCUGACCUUACCAGCAACCACUUUCCCUUAAUGUGUUGGCACGCAAAUUGCGAACAGCCUGUAGCUAUCACAGAUCUGCGCAAGCACGCUACGGGAACAAUGAUGGAUGCACUGCUAAAAGCCUCUCUGACAUACCAUAUUCGUGCUUUUCCGGAGGUUUACCGCAAUUGCCGGAUGCCAGACUGUCAAUCUGUAUAUCUCCGCAAUGGAUCAUAUGAGAUCUUUACUUGCCCUACCUGUCUGACGCAAACAUGCACCUCGUGUCACGCAGAGCCGCACGUCGAUUGGACUUGUGCAAAGUACAAGGAACAUCUCCAGAAGGAUAAACAGAACGAAGAGCUAUUGAACGCUUACAAGGCCGUUGCUGGCACAAAGGAGUGUCCAAAAUGCGCAACACUGAUUGAGAAAGUCGACGGCUGCAAUCAUGUGGAGUGCAGUGGCUGCCAUGGACAUAUUUGUUGGGAGUGUGUCAAGAUCUUCCCGCAUAGCGAUUCUGCGUAUCAGCAUAUGAACGAUGCGCAUGGAGGAAACGGGCUGGUGGAGGAAGAAGAUGACGAAUAG